UCAUCCAAGAUUAGAUAAUGACCCUCCCCCUCCUGAUCUGGAUCCUAGUCAAUAUGACGCUCCUGCACCUACCUCUCCGACUGAUGCAAACACAGAAGUUGUUAAACCUACUUUGCCUACUGUACCUCCAUAUGGUAGUAGCCAACCUGAACAAUACUUUAGUGGUGGUGUACCCCCUUCUCCUCCUCCUGACCGAUACGGCCAAUACAGCCAAUACUAUACUGGUCAAUCAUCUCCUCCACCAGGACAACAAGCCUCAUAUGGAGGCGUUCCUCCAAGAACUUCAUCUCCACCACAAAGUCAACAUCCAUCAUAUUAUAGUGUUAGUAGUUCUCAACCAAUUUUACCUCCAUCUUCGGGUGAUGAUGUUUCAGGUCGUUACUCACAGCAAUAUUCUUCUGGACAAUUUGGUGGAAUACCUGAACAGGAACAAACUAGUAUGCCAUUACCAGUACCAACUCCAGCCGAAUAUCAACAACAUAGUUAUCCAAUUCAAUACCAGCAAGGUUAUCUACCACCUCAACAAGGUUAUCAAGGUUAUCCUCCACAAGGUUAUCAUCCACAGGGUUAUCCUUCACAGGAUUAUCCUUCACAAGGUUAUCCUCCACAAGGUUAUCCACCACCUCAACAAGGUUAUCAAGGUUAUCUACCACCUCAACAAGGUUAUCAAGGUUAUCCACAAGGUUAUCCCUCACGUGAUUCACAAAGUUACCCUCUACAACGUGAUUCACAAGGUCGACCUCCACAAGAUCACUCACAACGUCAAAACACUUCUGGCAAUCAAUAA